AUGUCCCCUGCCGCCGCCUCCUCCGGCGUCCCCUGUCUCCCGGGAUACGUCCUCUUCAUGUGUCUCCGUCACGCCGACUACGUCAAUGACGACCAGAAGGUGGAGUCUCUGCUGACCUCCUCCAUCAACGCCAUCAAGAAGGUCCUGAAGAGGAACAGUGAGGACUUCCAGAUGACCUCCUUCUGGCUCGCCAACACCAGCAGGUUGCUCCACUGCCUGAAGCAGUACAGCGGUGAGGAGGCCUUCAUGACCCAGAACUCGGCCCAGCAGAACCAGCACAGCCUGAAGAACUUCGACCUGGCCGAGUACCGCCAGGUCCUGAGUGACCUGUCCAUCCAGAUCUACCAGCAGCUGGUCCGGGUGGCCCAGAGCCAGCUGCAGCCCAUGAUCGUGUCGGCCAUGUUGGAGAGUGAGAGCAUCCCCAGCCUGGCGGGCGUGAAGCCGAUGGGCUACCGGAACCGCUCGUCCAGCAUGGACACGGACGCCGACGGACCGGGCGGCUACACCCUGCAGGCGCUGAUCCGCCAGCUGACCCUGUUCCAUGACACCAUGACGGAGCACGGCCUGGACCCCGAGGUCGAAGGUCAGCUGCUCCGCCAGCUGUUCCACUGCAUCAACGCCGUCACGCUCAACAACCUGCUGCUGCGCAAAGACGUCUGCUCCUGGAGCACCGGCAUGCAGCUCCGGUACAACACCAGCCAGCUGGAGGAGUGGCUUCGUGCCAACAGCCUGUAUCAGAGCAAGGCGGCGGCCAUGUUGGAUCCCAUCAUCCAGGCUGCUCAGCUGCUGCAGGUGAAGAAGAAGACGAGUCAGGAUGCUGAGGCCAUCUGCUCCCUGUGCAGCAGCCUGACCACCCAGCAGAUUGUCAAGAUCCUGAACCUCUACACUCCGCUCAACGAGUUCGAGGAGCGGGUCACCGUGUCCUUCAUCAGAGACAUCCAGACUCGACUCCAGGAGAGGAACGACCCUCCUCAGCUGCUGGUGGACACCAAGUCCGUCUUCCCGGUCCUCUUCCCGUACACGCCGUCCGCCCUGAGCCUGGAGUCCCUCCACAUCCCCGCCUCGCUCGGCAUCGACUUCCUGGUCCGGGUCUAACCGGGUCCAAGCGGACCAGGAACCGGCAUUUAGUCAGAGUCGUUGGCCUAACAGACCGACCAGAACCAGACCGACCAGAACCAGACCGACCAGAACCAGACCGACCCAACAGACCCACCAGAACCAGACCGACCCAACAGACCCACCAGAACCAGACCCACCAGAACCAGACAGACCCAACAGACCGAACAAAACCAGACCGACCAGAACCGGACCGACCAAAACCAGACCGACCAGAACCAGACCGACCCAACAGACCCACCAGAACCAGACCCACCAGAACCAGACAGACCCAACAGACUGACCAAAAUAGACCAACCCCAACAGACCGAACAAAACCAGACUGACCAAAACCAGACCGACCAGAACCGGACCGACCCAACAGACCCACCAGAACCAGACAGACCCACCAGAACCAGACAGACCCAACAGACCGAACAAAACCAGACCGAC